AUGAUUUGUUUUGUUUGCUCUCUUCAUGAUGUUCUGCUUUUGGACAGUGGGAAAAUGGCAAUGCUUCUUUAUAAACAUUUUAAAAAGACACCUGGAACGCAUAAACUUGGUGUUCUUUAUGUUCUGGAUUCAGUUGCACGUGCAUAUCAGGAUUUGUCUCGGGGAGAUAGUAAUGCACCAGAAGAUGGGACAUUUGCAGGAGGUCUUCAGCAGUUAACACAGCUUUUGGAAAGUUUGAUGAAUGAUAUGAUGCUUUAUGCACCUGUAGAACAUCGGGAGAAGGUUUUGAAACUUGUAAAUAUAUGGGAAAAGGCGGCAACAUUUCCUGCAGGACUAUUAUUACGACUUCGGACUGCACAUUUUGCAGAAGAGUCUUCGCGUACACCACAAUCGGGUUCUGGAGAUGUUUCCUCUAUGUCUUCGGGGGUACAUGCAGCUCCUACACUUCCUUCAGAGUCUAUUGGUUCUGCAAUAGGGCAAACAGAGUCUGUAGUGGGUCAUACUGCGCAAACGGGGUCGUUUUCAUCUACUUUAGGGGAUACAGGUGCUUCUACAACGCCUGUAGUGCCUGCUGUAUUGCAAGCUUUAGCAUUGAUGGCUCAGCAAGUGCAAAAAGGGCAACAGACUUUACAGCAAAUGCCAUUGCAAAUGAUGGGUGUAAAUGAUACUUCUUCUAGGGUUUCUGGAGGUUUGAGUGGUUUUGCAGGUACAUCUGUAGCUCAGGAUUCUUUGGGUUCUUUAAGUACUGCUUCAGGAGCUGCUUUAUCUCCUGCAGAUCCUCGUACGAAUACAUAUUUCCCUGUUUCUUCUCAAUCGUCGGAUUCACAUGUAUCGGCAUCUACGCCACCUGUUUCUUUUCCUCCACAGUCAUCAGAUAUCUUACAAGCACAGCAAAUGGCGUUACUUCAGCUGCUUACACAGAAAGGUGUUUCUGCGGCUCAGAUUCAGUCAAUUAUUCAACAUGUACAGUCGCAAACACCUAGUGAGCCUUCACCAGUACUGCCUUUAUUCAAUAGUACUCAAACUAUGCAUGGGAAUACGCAGUCUGCACUUCAGGCAUUACAGUCUUUUGAUAGUACUCAACGAGCAGCAGACACAUCUUCAGUGUUUCAACAUUCAACUAUAUUGCAAAAUUCGUCUGUGGCACAGCAUUCGUCAACACUUGCUCAACAUAGUGGAAUAUCCGUUCAAUGUUCAGGAGCAACAAGUGCUCAAGGAAAUGUAUCUGGAGGAAUAUCUGGUGGGAUAUCAUCUGAUUUGCACAUUUCUGGUCGGCCUCCAUCGUUGCUGAGGCGAAAGGAUUCAAGAGAGCCAUUGUCAAGGUCUUCUCGCCCUUCAGAAGAUCGUGGAAGAUCUAAGCUAGCUUUUCGACAGUCCAAUGAACGUAGUGCAAGUCCACCUUCUACGAGAAUCUAUCCAGCUACUGGUACACCACGCCUAGUACGUACAGGUUCUUAUGAUCGUACUUUAGCUGACACAGUACCCUCUUCUGAAUCUUCUCAUGCUCCGUCUCAAUCAUCUCAUGUUUCAUCUCAAUUAUCUCAGCCAUCUAAUUCUUUGAAACAUUAUGUCCGGGAUCCAUCGGUUCCUGAGGAUUCAAUUAAAGGUGUGUAUAUUAUCAAACAGUCUGUGUUAAGUAGAACUUUAUUCAUUGGCGGUGUUUCACAAAGUAUUUCUCAAGAAGAAUUGCAGCGUAUGUUUUCUUCUUAUGGAGAUAUUCAAAGUUGUAUUAUUAAUCAUAAUGCUCGCCAUGCGUUCAUUAAGAUGUAUAAACGUAAGGAUGCAGAAGCAGCGCGUGCUGGUAUGGAAAUGCUUGUUCAUGAUAAUACAGUCAUUAGAACAAAAUGGGGAGUUGGUUUUGGACCUAGGGAUUGUAGCAAUUACACGACAGGUAUCAGUAUAAUUCCAAUAAAGCGGUUAACAGAUGCGGAUCGUCGUUGGUGUAUGUUUGCAGAGUGGGGCGGAACUGGUGGACAACCACUCGAAGGGGGAUACAUUAUGGAAGAGCCUGAUAUUGAAAUUGGAAUGGUUGUUAAUUCAAAAACUACGGGUAGACGGCAGUUAUCAGUGCGUGGUGAAAAUAAGAAAAAUAAUGUAAAUCAAAAGCAUCAGCAAAGUUCUAAUCCGGCACCGGAGCCCACUUCAAAACCUCCAUCUACACUUGUUUCUCCAUGGGUGGGUGCUAUUCAGGAGAAUAAUGCAUAUAAGACGUUACGGUAG